AUGGUGGGUUGGAGGAUUAGAGCAAAGAUGGAAGAAAUAGCCGUUGAAAAACAUUACGCUGGUCAUCCAACCAUCUUCUCCAUCAAAUUAUUCUAUGGUGGAGAGUUUACGAAGUUUCAUGGAAGGAGGUACGUCAAGGGCAAAGAAAGAUACAUUGAUAUAUUGGACAUUGAUGAGUUCUGUGUACAAGAUAUUGAUGAGAUGAUGGAGACCCUAAGCUAUGUUGAGGAGGGUAAGUUGCUCUAUUACCACUUCAAAAGACCCUUUUCAAAUUUGGACUUUGGGUUGUUUGCAUUGGCUAGUGACAGUGACAUUAACCGUUUAGGUUCAUAUGUGGGUAAACAUAAAUUGAUUGAAGUUUAUGUUGAACAUGGUCAAACAGUGUUGCAUACAUAUACAAUUUCAUCUACCCCUAGUAAAUUUAGGAUAGAAGAAAUCGUUGAUCAACCUUCAUGUAGUAAAAGUCUAGUUUUGGAAUGGAAGGAAACUGAAACAGGGGAUUAUAUUGGAUCAAGUAAAGCAGUUGUUGUGCCAACAAAAGAAACUGCAACUGACCAAAUUUAUGCCCAAUGUGAAACACAAGGUAUAUUUGAUGAAUUUGAUGAAAUUAUAAAUGAAGAACCUAGAGGGAAUACUUAUGAAAGUGACAAUAGAGAUGAUGUUGAUGAUAGUGGUGAUAGUGAUGAUAAAACAAGGGAAAUUGGUGAUAUUGAGGUUGUAAACAAUGAGGUAUUCUUAUAUGAGUCAUCAUCUGAUGAAGGUGACAACAAUAGGAGAAGAAAAUUAAUUAAGGCAAUUCGAAGGGCAAUGGAAAAUAGUGAAGCAAGAGUUAGUGAUCCAUUCUAUGUGUACCAAAAAUUCACCUCAUCUGAAGAAUUGAAAGAUGCAAUAAGACAACAUGCUGUGGAGAUAAGGAGGGAAAUAGACUUCAUAAAAAAUGACAAAAAUAGAGUGAGAGCUAUUUGUAAAGGUACUAUCCUAGACCAUGGUCAACUUGAUCCAUGUAGCCCAGUCAAAGCCAUAAAGAAAGUGAAGAAAAGAAGUGUCCAUGGGUACUUUAUGCUAGCAAGUGGGAACAAGAUGUUGACUGGGAGAUCAAUACCUAUGAAAAAGAGCAUAGAUGUCUACAAACAAGAAAUUUGA